AUGUCACUAUCCAAGAACCCCGACAAGAUCUACUCAUCCGCGGCGCCGCUCGACCAGCGUUUGAACUUGCGAGGCUUCUACGAUAACAUGGGGAACCCAGUCUAUCAGUAUGACUAUGACUAUGAGCCCGCUCUGCCACCUCACCUCCGUCGCCCCAUCUUCGUCGACUGGGCCGAGCCCUUCCAGAGCCCUAUCUACGCUCUUCGUUACCUUGCAGAGAUUGCUGGAGACUACUACACCGUGGCUCUCAUGAAUCAGAGAAUCACGUUGCAGCAAGGCCCGCAGACGCCGGGUGCUCAAGGCAUCUCGCAGUCGUACUUGAUCUCGCCUGCUGCCUCGCAUAUCGCUACGCCCGCGCGCACGCCGGCUACUAAGCGCCUUCGCUUCUCUGACGAUAUUGUUCGCUCUGGUUGA